CAGCACUUGCCUGAUCAGCUGUUAAAAUUGUAAACAGAUAAGGGCAAUGGUGGCCUUGUGCCGUAUUUGCAAUUUAAGCUCGGAAUCGUGGAUAAAUAUAUUCUGUGGGACCCAGGAAUACGAUUUCCCAUAUGUGGAUGUGGUGUCUUUCUAUACUGGCAAAAAAGUUCAACGCGGAGACUCACUUCCUGAAACCAUUUGCAUGAUGUGCCUCGAGAAUGCUCGAAAAUCCUGGCAGGCCUGCCGAGGAAGUCGGAAUGAAGUCUUUAAAGUCUCAGAAUUCCACAAAAAAGAGCAGCUUUCCGAAAAAGACCCAUUAGGUCGAGACUUCGGUACUCCGGACCGCCGAAUAAAGGAAGAGGAUUUACUGGAGGAGGAAGUAUGCAAGGUUCCGGACUAUGAGCGAGAAGACUCAAGUUAUAAAGCGGAAUCAAGAGUAAAGGAGGAGGAGGAAGUCGAAGAAGAUGUAUCACAUUUUAACAAAGCUCACGUCCAAGUAAAGAACGAACCAAUUGAGAAUGAAUUGUUCGACGAAGAAGGCAGCCAGGAAUCGGAAAGUAGUGUUAGUCCCAUAGAUUGCCUGAUAAAAAAGGAGCCAGUUGAGGAUGAAGCUUUCACGAUAGGAGUUGAUCCAGAAGAUCACAAGUCCUUACUGUCCGAAACCGAUUGCAAACAUUCCACCCGCACCUGUAAGAAGCCGUUUCAUUGCGACACUUGCAAUGCGUACUUUGGCUCACAGUCUUCUCUGGACUCGCACUUCCUCACGCACAAGCAACGACCCCACAACUGCACUUAUUGCCAAAAGUAUUUCAGGGACGAAUUCAGCCUCAAGGACCAUAUUGCGACCCACAAGCGACCGCACAAGUGCUCCCACUGCCCCAAGUCCUUCCUGUCCACCUACGACCUUAGAAGGCAUAUCCGGAUCCACACAGGAGAGCGGCCCUACUCCUGUGACCACUGUCCAAAGACCUUCUCGGAUAAGACAACCUUGACGUCGCACGUGAGAACGCACAAGGGCGAACGGCCCUUCAAAUGCCCCGACUGUCCGAUGUCCUUUUCGCAGCAGUGCAAUCUUCAGAGGCACAUCCGCUGUCACACGGGUGAACGACCUUUCACGUGUGCCUUUUGCUCCAAGACCUUCACGCAACAGUCCAAUCUUGGCCUGCACAUGCGAGCCCACUCCGGAGAACGUUUCGAAUGCUCUCUCUGCUCCAAAUCCUUUGCCUAUAAUAACGAUCUUAAGCGACACUUGCGCACUCAUUCCCAGGAAAAAGUCCAGUGCUCCUUCUGCCCAAAAUUAUUCGCAACCAGCACAACUCUGGCAAAACACCUGGAAAAAGUACACGAAAAUGUCUAA